AUGGUUGUGAAAGGCAAGCUAAAGAUGGCCCUUGUGGCAGAGAAGGAUAUCGAUUUCAAAAAAUUGAAUUUAAAGAAGAAGGAAAAAGCUGCUAGGAAGAAGAAAGCGCAAAAAGGCGGGGAUAAGCCAGAAUCCAAUGGGAAGGUGGAGGAGGUUUGGGAAGAUGUUGAAGAAGCAGCUGAAGACAGCGGGAGUGAUGAGGAUGAGGAAGAAUUAGAAACUGCACCUAUGCAGAUUGAUUUCGAAGGUAUCGACGAGAGCGACAGCGAUUCCUCUGCAGGCGAGAACGACCAAGAGAAUGAUUUGGAGGAUGAUGAGGACGACGAAGACAUACCUGUGUCCGACUUGGAAGAUCUGGAUGAUGAAGAGAAGGAAGAUAUGAUUCCCCACCAACGUCUCACCAUAAACAAUACAGUCGCCCUCACCGCAGCCCUCAAACGAAUCGCACUUCCCACAUCUAAAAUACCCUUCUCAGAGCAUCAAUCGAUUACCACUUCUGCGCCAGUAGUGAUUGAAGAUGUUUCGGACGAUUUGAAUCGCGAGUUGGCCUUUUACGCACAGUCGCUAUCUGCGGCACAAGAAGGACGCAAGCUCUUGAAAGCAGAAGGUGUUAAAUUCACGCGACCAACAGACUACUUCGCCGAGAUGGUAAAGGCGGAUGAGCAUAUGGCGAAGAUCAAGGCGAAGUUGAUUGACGAGGCAGCGAGCAAGAAAGCUUCUUCUGAUGCGAGGAAACAGCGAGACUUGAAGAAGUUUGGCAAGCAGGUGCAGGUAGCGAAGCUACAGGAGAGAGAUAAGGAACGCAAGACGACAAUGGAGAAGAUCAAGGCUCUGAAGAGAAAACGCCAAGGCGCAGAUACCGAGACGACCAAUGAAGCAGAUAUCUUCGAUGUAGCACUUGAGGAUGAGACCGCCAAGCCUUCUCGAAAAGACAGGAUAGGACCCAACAAACGCCAAAAGAAGGACGAGAAAUUCGGGUUUGGAGGCAAGAAACGGUUCAAGAAGAGCGGUGAUGCGAUGUCCAGUGGUGACUUGACGGGUUUUUCGAGUAAAAAGAUGAAAGGUGGUGCAAAGCCUAGGCCCGGGAAGGCCAGGAGAGCGUCAAAGAAAUGA